GAGGUCGAGGUCGGGAUGGCCAAUAGUCUUCCUAUCAAGACAGAUUCCUCUGAUCUAGAGAGGAGGUUAUUUAGUUUCAAGCAUUUCAUAACACCAAGCAAAAAUUGACCUUAUGUUUCAUUCAACCAUGACUAGGAACUAGAAGCAUGCUUCAAAUGAAACCAUAAUCAUUGAAACAGUUUCAAUCUGCCAUCCUUUUGUUAUCAAUUAACCUAUAAAAUGACAACUAUAUUAUAACUUCAAAAAAAUGCUUUAUGUCAUCAUCGCAGUGUUAUACAGGAGAGCACAAGUUGGGCAGUUUUUAAUCUUAUCAUUCCCUCAAGAAUUCAAUGAUUAAUUUACACUUACAUUACUAAACAUGUUUGUUCUCAAAUAAGCAAUACAGUAGACAAGUGGUUAAACAAAAGCUAAAUAUAAAUGUUAAACCAUUGCCCUCAUGAUUCAUGAAUCACACCCAUACCUCAUUUUAAAACGCGUCUGCGAACCCAACCAUAUAAAUUAUGAACCCAGUCUGUUCUUUUGGUCCUCCCCCUCCCCCUCCCCCCCCAACCUUUGAAGCACAAGAAUCCAGCCAAGAGAACCAGGACCAACCUUGCAUCCAAAGCAAAGAGAAGCAGCAAAAUAAAAGGCGAAAAAAGAAAAUGCUCCAAAUCCCAUUCCUCCUCCUCCUCCCCAUCCUCUUCGGUCAAGUCUCUCUCCUGCCCGCCGUGCCCAAGUUGGACCCCGACCCUGCCCUGAUCCCUUCCUCCCUCGUUCUCUCCAUUAAUUCCUCCCCUACCUCCGCCACCGUCCCUGCCUUCCCGGAGCAGUCCGCCACCGCCAUCCCCUGCCCCCUCGACCUUCCCCCCGCCCUCCUCCACGGCGUCUCUGCCGCUUGCUCCGCCCCCGAGAACCCCUCACUCCCCUCCCGCCCCCGCUGCUGCCCCGCCCUCGCCGCCUGGCUCUUCUCCGCCCACUCCGCCGCCGGCCUCGCCACCGGCCCCCCUCCUCUUUCCUCCUCCGCCUCCACCCCGGACCUCCCCAUCCUCCCCGACGACUCCGAGUCCUGCGCUGCCGCCGCCGAGGCCGCCCUCCGCGCUCAAGGAGUCGUGCUCCCGCGCCCCAACGACACCUGCGACGUGGCCUACUGCUACUGCGGCAUCCGCCUCGGCCCGCUCCGCUGCCCGGGAUCCUUCGCGGCGUCCGCGUCGGAAGGGCGGUGGGUGAUCGCGAGGGAGGAUACUGCGAGGAGCCUCGAGAGGGACUGCGCCCUCCCCGGCCUCGGUGGGUGCGCCCGUUGCCUCAAAACCCUUUUCCAGCUGAGAAGCGAGGAGGAAGAGGGAGGCGGCAAUGUUACCGGGCCCGGCCUGCGGGAAGGCAAGGAACGCGACAGGGAAUGCCAGCUGAUGGGGCUGACGUGGCUCCUAGCGAAGGACCGGACCCGCUAUCUCCGCACUGCCGCCUUCGUCCUCCGCGCCUUUAUGAUGUCCCCCGACGAGGACCCCACGUCCUGCUCCCUCCCCGGCUCCGGCGGCGACGACGACGUCCCCCUCUACGUCGACUUCGCCCUGGUCGACGGCGACGGCUCAUCUUCCGCCAUCCGAUCACCGCUGCCGCCGUUAUCAUUCCUUCUAGGCCUCUUCUCUCUUCUUCUCUCCCUAUUCUAUUGCCGCUGAGGAAACCCUGACGACGAGAGGAUCUUAGAGAGGCUGGCAGGGGGGUCUCUUGGUCCGAGACCUCGCUCUAUUUUGUUCAAGGAUCUUCGUGGCUAAUAAUACAGGACUAGUCGACCUGCAGGCGUGUCCGAUGCAUGCGAGGCCAAGUACAGUUUGCUGUGAUUAUAUGAGAGAGACUUCCGCCAGCUGUGGUUUUUUUUUUUUUUUUUUUAAGGGUUCGGUAACUGUUCAUGCGAGGUGAAGUACAGUUUGCUUUCUUUUGUUCUCCAUCAAAUAAGCUAAAUGGUGGUUUUGGUGUAUCUUUCUUGAAGGAGUAUGAAUAAGAUUAUAGGAAGCUCUUGAGAUA